AUGGUCUCUAAAGUAUAUACAUAUGUACCAAAUAUUAUUGGUUAUUUUAGAGUAAUUUUCGCUAUAUUAGCAUUCAAAUAUUCACAUGACGAUUAUUCAAAAUUCUUUGUAUUCUACGCAAUCAGUGCAUUAUUAGAUAUGGCUGAUGGUCACGCUGCCCGUUUAUUAAAUCAAUGUUCACAAUUUGGUGCAUUAUUAGAUAUGAUUACUGACAGAUGUUCAACUAUUGCCCUUAUGAUUGUAUUAUCACAUUUCUAUAAAUCAUAUGAAAAUUAUUUCAUUGCAUUAAUCACAUUAGAUAUCGUCAGUCAUUUUGCUCGUCUUUGUGCAACUUUACAAAGUGGAAGCAAAUCUCACAAGGCCACCAAACAAAACCACUUAAAGAUCAUGAAAAUUUAUUAUGAAAACAAAUACUUUUUAGCAUUCAUGUGUUUCGGUAAUGAAGGUUUCUUCCUCUUCUCAUAUCUCUAUCACUUUUAUCAAUCAUCAACCGUUUUCUAUAUUAUUUGGUUAUUCUUCUUCCCAAUUUCAGCUGGUAAACAAAUCAUUAAUGUAAUCCAAUUCUUCCAAGCCGUUGACGAUAUCGUAGAUUUAGAUGAUAAAAAUAGAAUUAAAAAGUAA